GAGUGUCCUUCAGAGAGAGAGAGAGAGAGAGAGAGAGAGAGAACAGAUGAUAGCGAAGUGUGCCUCCCCCAUUCCCAUUGCCAUUGCUGUUCCCAGCAGCCAUAGCCACAGACCUUCACUGAGGCCCAUCAACAUCAUCAUCAAGUGCUCUGCUUCUUCUUCAACUUCAUCAAAUAUCAACAGUUCUGAACACCUUCGUUCUCAGCUCGAUCAUCUUCAUGCUGAAGCGAACACCACCACUACCAAGGCAAAUAAUGCUAGAAUGAGGCUCCUGCGGCUGUCAGAAGCUGCAGAGAAGCUCCAAAAACAAGCAGCUAUAAGCAUUCAGAGGGGAGAUGAAAAUGGUGCAAGGGAAAUGCUUUUCCAGAGGAAGAAGGUGUUGCAAGCUCUGGAAAAGUCUAAAAGCCGAAUCGAAUUGCUUGAUGAGCUAUCCACAAAGCUAAGUGAGGCAAUAUCUUUGAAAGAAAGUCAGCUCAUUGGGUCCAUAAUGAACAUGGAAGACACAAUAGAAGAUGCUUCAAGUCCCAUUCGAAUUGUUGCACCAACGGAGGAGGUUCAAGAAGAUUUCUCCGAGGAUGUCUCAGAACCAAACACAAUGAAUUUCAGUGAUAUUCAAGGGAACCGACUAGAUGAUGAGGAGGCUGUGAAUAUUCAGGGAUCACUUAGCAAUGACAGUUGGAAUGAAGACAAUACUGUUAGCUGCUUGUCAUUUACAUCUGCUUAUGACGAAUUCCUGGAAAAUAUAGAUAAAAAGCUUGACGAAAUUGAAGCUGAACUAGUUACUGUUUUGAAUGUCUCAACGUUGGUUCUGGACAGUGAAGAGAGACCAAAAAAUUCCAGGUUGCAACAAACAACAGAACUUCUCGAGAGCAUCCGCACAAUAAGACAGAGAAUUGCAAGUAUCAAUGUAUCACAGAGUCAAAACUGAGGAUCUGAUCAAUUUUGUGUUGCCCAACUCAUCUUCUGCCGCCAGGAACAAGAAAGGCACAUGGGAUAUGGCUAUUAUUACAACAAAUAGCAUUGUUGAUUUUUUUAAAUACCGCUAGUCCUUCCAACUUUCUUUGUCUGAUCCCAUUACAGAAGUAGCAGAUUGGAACAAAUUGCCUAAGGACUAAGGAUAACUCAGUGAAGUAGCUUGUCAAUGCCUAAAACUUCCAUUGUGCUUUCUGCUUAAGGUAGCUACAAGGUGUGGAGUUUGUAAAUAUGGCUUACAAGAUUCACAUUUUAUACUAUUUUGUUCCAUUCAAUACCACAAAAUCCAGUCAUAUUGGGAGGCUUUGCAACUAUGGAUGAAAUUCCAAUGACAAUAGUUAAUAUUUUGUUUAAUCAUUACUUAGAUCGCUGACUAAUGAAACCAUUUUUUUCCCG